UAUAUAAUUUCUUCCAUAUUUACAGUUUUCUGUUCUCCAGUAGCAGUGUUGGUAGUUUUUAAUUUUAGUUUGGUUCAAUAACAACCAGCCAUGUCGUACCAGCACCAGCAUCAACAUGUGGAACAGCAUGGUAUUCUAUCAAGAAUGGUGGGCGUGGGUGAUAUGGUUCUAUUGGAUCCUCUCACAGAAGAAAAUUUCUUGGAUAACUUGCAAAAGAGAUUUAACAGUGACCAGAUAUAUACCUACAUUGGAUCCGUAGUUGUUUCCGUCAAUCCUUACAAACACUUGUCCAUAUAUGGAAGUGAUAAAAUAGAAGAAUACAGAGGAAGGAAUAUGUAUGAACUUCCCCCACAUAUUUAUGCUGUGGCAGAUCUUGCGUACAGAUCAAUGAAGAAUCACAACAGAGACCAGUGUGUUCUCAUUACAGGAGAAUCCGGUGCAGGAAAGACCGAGGCAAGUAAGAUAAUUAUGCAGUAUGUUGCAGCAAUGAGCAGCAAAUCUAAAGAAGUUGUCAAAAUCAAACAGCAGUUAUUGCAGUCGAAUCCUGUUUUGGAAGCUUUCGGAAAUGCAAAAACAGUCAGAAAUGACAAUUCUUCUAGAUUUGGAAAGUACAUGGACAUUGAAUUUGAUUUCAAGGGAGAUCCAAUUGGAGGAAUAAUCACCAAUUAUUUGCUUGAGAAAUCUCGAGUUGUUCAGCAGGCAGCAGGGGAGAGGAACUUUCACAUUUUCUAUCAACUCUUGAAUGGACCAGAAACUAUGCUGCACAAACUCAAGCUAUCAAAAGAUGUGAAAUACAAUUUCCUUACUGAUGGUAAAAUUACUGACACAAUCGAUGAUGCUGGACAUUUCAAAGAUGUUCUGACUGCGUUUAACGUAAUUGGCUUCAGUCAUGAAGAAGUUGACCAAGUGCUUCAAGCCAUUGCAAUUGUUCUAAAGCUUGGAAAUAUAACUUAUAAGGGAAGAUCUGCUAUGAAUGGAAUGGAAGGAUGCUCAGUGGAAGAUAUGAAAGAAAUUGAAGAAUUGAGUGAAAUUCUUGGAGUAAAACCUGAUAAAUUUGCAACAACUAUAACCCAGAGAACUAUGAAAGCCAGAGAAGAUAAAGUGACAUGCACUCUCAGUGCAAGUGGAGCUGCCUAUGCACGAGAUGCUCUUUGCAAAGCCAUCUACAGUCGUUUGUUUACAUGGCUGGUACAGAGGAUCAACCAAAGCAUUCAAUCAACAACCAAGGCACGGCGUAAAGUUAUGGGAGUCUUGGAUAUCUAUGGAUUCGAAGUGUUCGAUAACAACAGCUUUGAACAGUUCAUCAUAAACUACUGCAACGAAAAACUUCAACAAAUUUUCAUCGAACUGACAUUGAAAGAAGAACAAGAGGAAUACAUACAGGAAGGGAUUGAAUGGAUUCAUAUUGAUUACUUUGAUAAUGAGAUUAUUUGCAAACUUAUUGAGCAGCCUCACACAGGUAUCUUGUCUAUGCUUGAUGAAGAAUGUCUUCGACCAGGUGAAGCAACCGACAUGACUUUUCUCUCAAAACUUCAUGACACAUGUGGAUCUCACACUCACUUUGAGAGUAGACACAACCAAGAGUUCUUGUCGGAUAAAACUCUGCCCCACGAUUCAUUCAGAAUUUUGCAUUAUGCUGGAAAAGUCUCAUACUGUGUUGAAGGAUUCCUUGAUAAGAACAAUGAUUCUCUUUAUCGCAAUCUUUCCAUGGCAAUGUAUUCUGCUCAACAUGGUCUGAUAGGUGGAGCGGAUGGGUUAUUCCCAGAAGGCGAGCCAGUGAUCGUGGAAGGGGCGGACAAUAUGAAAAGGCCUCCCACAACCGCGACUCAAUUUAAGGUUUCCAUCGCUCAGUUGAUGAAAAAUUUACAUUCAAAGAAUCCCAAUUAUAUCAGAUGUAUCAAACCAAAUGCAGUCAAACGCAGUGGCAUCAUCACUCAAGAUCUUGUGAAACACCAAGUACGAUACCUGGGUUUGAUGGAAAAUGUUCGAGUGAAGAGAGCUGGAUAUGCAUUCAGACAAAAGUAUGAAGAUUGUUUGGAAAGGUAUAAAAUGCUGUGCCCACGUACAUGGCCUAACUGGCGUGGUAAUCCACAAGAUGGUGUGAAAGAGAUUUUACAACACGUUGAGAUUCCUGAGAAGGAAUAUACAUUUGGAAGAACUAAGAUUUUUAUCAUCAAUCCUAAAACGCUCUUUGACUUGGAAGAUGAACGUCAAGAAUCAUUGCAUGAUCUGGCAACCAUCAUGCAGAGAAUAUGGAGAGGAUAUGUAUGGAGAACAAGGUAUCAGAGGAUGAGACAAGCUCAAAUCUUGAUCAGCAAGAAUGUCAAAGCCUAUUUGGGUGAAAAGCAUUUCUUGGCUCUUCGUGCUGCCGCAGUCAUCAUGCAAUGCUAUAUCAGAGGCUGGAAGGCUCGUUGUCUUCUCCGAGCACACAAGGAACUGAAGCGUCGAACAAUCGCAGUGACAGUAAUUGCUGCAUACUGGAGAGGUUUGGUUGAUCGAAAGAAAUAUCGAAGAUACUUCAGAGCUAAUGCUGGUGGAGUCAUUGCCAAAUUCAUGGAACGACUUCUGAUAUACUUGUUCUAUAAAAAACUUCGGGAUGGUUUGCCUUCUACUUCUCCAAUCGAUAAAAAAUGGCCGACAUGCAAAUAUGAUUGCCUGAAAACUGCUCAUAAUGAACUGAAAGAAAUGCAUCAUAAAUGGAGAUGUCAAGUCUACCGCAAAUCAUUGUCAAAGGAAAGACAAGCGCAACUGAAAGAGAAAUUAGAAGCUUCAGAACUUUUCAAAGACAAAAAGAGUCUGUACUGGAUUUCUUUACCUGCACCAUUCCAAGGCGAUUAUGUGUCUUUAAAAAGACAGGAGAAAUGGCAGAAAGUUUCUGCAAUAAAUGAUGACAAUAAUAUCAUAUUUGCUGAUGAGGGAUUCAAGAUAAAUAGAGCUGAUGGAAAGGCUGUGAGCUGUACAAUUGUGAUGUCUGAUAAAGCAUUGAUACUUCUACAUCCUGAGUCAUUCAAAAUCAAGUACAGAUUACCAUUAGCUGAUAUUAAUGGUUUGUCAUAUUCUCCUUACACUGAUGGAAUGACGUUACUGCACAUCACUGCACCAGCAAAUGGUCCGGCAGCGAAAUCUUACAAAGGAGAUUUAAUAUUGAACAUUGCUCAUUCUGUUGAAUGUGGGACAAGGUUACUUCGUACGAUCAAAUCAAUAACAGGAAAGAAUAUUGAGAUUAAAAUUUCCAGCAAUUCUAGUCUUGCAAGCAAAUCAGGUGAUUUGAGUGUCCAGUUCAUAGAAAAUUCAUCUGGUGAGAUUACCGGUCCUGUCGUAAAGAAAGUGAAAAAAUCUUUCCAAGUUACAGUGCCAAAAAAGCAGAUUCCAAACGGAGUGAAAACUUCAUCGAACAACCAUAAGGCAGCGCAAAAUAAUGGACAUGAGAAUGCAGAAGAUGAGACUGCUGCUCUCUAGUGACAAAAGUUUAAAUAUUUUAUAUAGAAAAUCUCAUCCGAGCCCUUUUUUUGUCAUAUGUUGUUUAUCUCUCGUAAUCUGACUAGGAAAUAGUCGAUCUGGAGAGGUGGAAACUUGGUAAAGAUGUUCUCUUUUAAGAAUUUGAACAUCGAAUUUUCUGUUUAUUUGCAUGAUGCAUUGAGAGCAUUAUACUCCUAAAAUAAAUUUCCCUCAAUAGGAAUAGCAUAAUUUUUGAGUUCACCCUGCCAAUUUUUUGGAUCACCAUAUAGAUAAGUUAAUUCCAGUUAUUAAUUAUUAUAUUUAAUGUUAAAAAAACUCAGUUGAACUAUUUUAUAAAUCAGAAUUCAAAUUUUCAACAAUGGCCAAAUUCAUUUAUGUUCCUAAAAUCCGUUGUUUUUCGAAUAUGAACUUAUUCUCCAUGACUAACGAGUUGAAAUAACAUAUUGAUGUUAAUAUCAGGGUGGAGUUUUAUAGUUUUAUUAUAUUCAGAUGCCAAUGAAAUUAUAUUGUUUUGUCCAUUCCCUAGUAUUAAAUAUAAAAAUUAUAAAAAGAAACGUUCCAAAAACUUAUUUUAUAUUUUCACAAAAUAAGAUAUUGUUUCAUGAAUUACUAUCAUUUCAUUCUCGAUUAUUAUGUUGGAAUUUGAACAUAUUUUCUCCAUCUUGUCCAUACCAGGCACCUUCUGAACUGUUUAUGCCACUUUGAUAUUAAAUUUGUAUCGUCACUUUAUUUCAGAAAAAGUUGUUCUGAUUGGUUUUUAAUGACAGAUUUUUGAAUGAAAUUGCUUAAAAUGUUGAUAUAUUGGUAACUUAGUUGCUCUCCCAUUGGGAAUGUGCUGUAUCAGUUUGGUAAAAAGUCCAGCGAGAGCGUAAAAAGAUAAAUGGUGAAUCUACAAAACUAAAGCCAUCCUACUACAUCUACAUUUUGUGGCUGUGUGAAUUAUUGACAUUUGCAGUUUUCAAAAAGCUUGUGUGAUUGAUCCUAUUGCAGAAAAUCUUACUUGGUGUCUGUUUUUGUGGAGCCAAUCUGUGAAAUUUUAUUGUUAUUCUGAUUUUUUUUAAACUCUAGCUAUUUUUUGCAAAAUUUAGCAAUUGUAAAAAAUUAUUUUCAUUUUGUAUAAUCUUUUCAUACACAAUUAAAAAUGUAAUCGUGUUUUAUUUUGUAAUUUCAUUUCAUUCUUGUAAAUAUGCUUUGCUUUUUGCUUGUGUAUUAUAUGCUAUUCUCCCAAGGCACAAGUCUUAAUUAGUCAAAUAGAAAUGGGGUCAAAUACUGUCAGGAAUUUAUCCAAAUUUGAUGCUGUUUUUUAUAGUUGUAGGCCACUUGACAACUCUGGGUGGAAACACGGUCAGCUCUAGUUUCCAGCAAAUUUUCUUGAAAGGAAUAUUUGAUUAAGAGCAAAAUUUGUGUGAGCGCUCAGCAAUCUGUCUGAGUGAUGUGUUGUAUGUUUUCAGUAAUUCAUGUGUUGACAGGACCAAUUCUCAUACAAUUACAUAUAUACCAUUGACUCCCCAAGUAUUUGAGAUUCGAUUCUGAAAUCAUCAGGUAUUCGAAAAUGCCCAGCCCUAUUUGAAACUGAAACGUUGUUUCACAUCUCCUGUAUAUCUAUCUCUGUGCCAGUGAUUUAUUUUUUUCUUGUUUUUUGUGUAUUCUAUAGUACAACUUUUGGCAUGGCAACAUUGGUACAUCAUCGUUUUGCCUAACAAUGUAUAUUUUGCAAUUGAAAGUGCCUAUUUGAAGUUUCAUUUGCUAUGCUUUUUUAUAAUUACCAAUUUAAGGAGCAUUGUAAAACAAACAUUUUCCUGCUUGGUGUUGUCUGUUACUCCAGUGAUUGAACAAAACUCUAAUUUGGUUGAAGUAAGUUUGGUGAAAUCUUAGAUAGAAGAGUUAAGAGUGUUUCGAACUGUGAUGUCGCAACCUGAAUGGUCAUCACAGAAUGUUUUAUAAAUUUUUGCAUUUGACCGCUUCUGUCUUAUUUUUUUAAAUGUUUAUUCUGCCAACACUUUUAAAUGAAAGGAUUUCAAAGUGUACAUAUGCAUACCAUGAUUAGUCUGAUAUGGAAUGAAAAUUUUUGAAAUGCUUCAGCAAUAGCUUGCUUUAGUGGUAGUAUUUUCGUGUGGCUGUACAUUUUUGGCUAUUUUUCUUAACCUGAGAACUUUACCAUUUAAACGUAAUUACCUAAUUAAUUUUGCAGUAUUAUUAUACCAUGUAUAUCUAUGAGAUAAUUUGUAUAACCUACAAUUUCAGAUGUAAAUAAAUAAAUUGAUCACCUUCUAA